AUGCAACACAUCUCUGACUCCAAGUCCCAUCUGAGCAUGCCCCGGUCCCCUCCAGCAGCUGACUCAUACCAGCAGGGCUGCAGGAUGACCCUGGAGAACGCUGAUCUCUGGACGUCCUUUCAUAGCAUCGGAACAGAGAUGAUUAUAACAAAGCAUGGAAGGAGAAUGUUUCCACACUGCAGCAUCCGUCUAUCUGGCCUCCAACCUUUUGCCAAUUACGUCAUCAUGGUGGAUAUGGUCCCUGCAGACACCUUCAAAUACAAGUGGAAAAAGGAGCAGUGGGAGGUCGCUGGGAAAUCAGAACCCCAGCCCCCGUGUCGGACAUACAUGCACCCGGACUCCCCUGCGCCAGGAAGUCACUGGAUGAAGCAACCGUUGUCUUUUCUCAGGAUGAAGCUCACCAACAACACCUUGGACCAGCACGGCCAUAUCAUCCUGCACUCCAUGCAUCGCUACUACCCCAGGUUUCACAUCACCCAGGCAGACAGUCCUUACACUAUCCGCUGGGGUCCAUUUCAGACCUUCUCCUAUCCAGAGACAACCUUCACUGCAGUGACCGCUUACCAAAACCCAAAGAUCACCAAAUUGAAGAUCGAUCAUAACCCCUUCGCUAAGGGAUUCAGAGAGGGAGGUACCCAUUCCCACAGCAAAAGGUGUCGUUCAAAUAGAAGCCCUCCUGCAAAAAGAGCCACACUGGACAGGAAUGAUCUUUGCGACAGUCCUCCUGGCCUGCAGAGGAUGCCCUUCACCUCUCCCUCAGUGGAGGCAGGGAAGAAUGAGGCUUCCACACAGCAGCAAUUGAAAGGGGGUGACCUUUCAGCCUUGACUGUAGAGCAGGACCCAUCUGAGAGUCUACACGCUGAGCCCCUGGAGCUGCAGGAGUAUGACUACAGCUGUGAAGAACAGAUGGUGCCUGCUUCCGUGCCAUACCAGCCCUACAGAUCUCUAGAGUACACCAGAUACCCACUGCCUUGCAAUGACGUACAGGCGGCACACACCCUCGUCCAACCACCACCACCACCACCUCAUCCACUCGCCACGGCCGAACACAACCCCCAACAACAUGGCUACUACCACCAUCCUCACCACCACAGCCAUGCAGCAGAUUGGAGCCAGUACCCGCUCUUCUCCUACUCGUGUUGGUGAACUGUUGGAGGAUGUAACCACUAAAGCCUUGAGGUAAUGCUGCUAAUAUGAGUGAACCAGGCCACUCCAGUAGUUUAUUAGUUUAUGUUAAAAGUGUAUAAUUGUGUAUAAAGUUUCAUGUAUUUCCGAGAGUUUGUACCGUAUGUGGGCGUAACUUUAAUGUUUUGUCAGAUUCACUGGACAAAAAUCCUAUUAUUCUGGAGACCCUGAGCUCAGUCUGAGCUUGCACCGUUAUCUGUGUUAAAGUAGAUACAUUAUGUGUUAGGGUGUAUAUAUAUACAUACAGUAUAUAUAGUCAGCUGGGAAAUAAGUGUUAAUAAUAACAUAAGUAAUGAAAUCUGCUGGUGUAGAAGAAAAGCCUCAAAAGGUUUUCCUCUUUUCCUCU